AUGACGUCUACCUUGCCUCGAUGUCUUCGUUCCCCCCUUUCGUCUCGCGUCUUCCAGACCCGUUCCCUCAUUUCCACCUUUCACAGCAGUAACCGGUCUAAAAGCACCGCAGCUGAAAGUGCAGCUAGCAUUGCCCAAGCUGCACGCUCCCGUGGUCCCCGGUGUCGCCCGGGCCUCGUGAUCUUUGAUAAAGAUGGGACCCUCAUUGACUUUACGCUCAUGUGGGGCGGCUGGGUCGAAUCCCAAGCAUGGCAAGUUGAAAUGACCACGAACUUACCCGUUCGGGAAAAGCUCUUUGAAGCCAUGGGGUACGACUGGAUCAGUCGCUCGAUCAAGUCCAAAGGAGCGCUGUGCUGCACGCCCAUGGGUGAGCUCUAUAAACUCGCCGUGCGGGUCCUUGUAGCUGAAGGCAUGCUUCAAUCCAAAGCGGAUCAAGUUAUUCAACAGUGCUGGAGUAUGCCGGAUCCCGUGCUCACGAGUCGACCACUGACUAAUAUCCCCGCCCUUUUUCGGACCAUCCGGAAGAUUGACAUGAAAAUCGCCGUCUGUACGACAGAUGACCGCCAGCCAACCAUUGAUACCUUGAAGCACUUGGGGGUCUAUGACAUGGUCGAUGCUUUGGCCUGCGGAGAUGACGGACUGCCUGCAAAACCUGCGGGUGAACAGAUCUGGACCCUCUGUCAGCAGCUUGACGUGGAGCCACAUAAUACCAUUAUGGUUGGCGAUACGUCCACGGAUAUGCUCUUGGGCAAGAAUGCAGGCUGUGGGUUAUCCAUUGGUGUGCUCGGUGGUGCCUCGUCGCUCGAUGAUCUCGCUGAAGAUGCCGAUGUGCUCGUGCCGUCUAUUGAUCGAGUGAUUAAGGUGCUUUUCCAGUACGGACAGCAAGCUCAACGCUUUGGGGAUGCCAAGUAA